AUGCUCCCGGCGCAGGAAGCGGCUAAGAUCUACCACACCAACUACGUGCGUAACGCGCGCGCCGUGGGCGUCCUGUGGACCAUCUUUACCAUCUGCUUCGCCAUCUUGGUGAUGGUGGUGUUCAUACAGGUCAGUAGACAGUUAUUUAUUUUCAUAAACUAUUUCUAGAUUAACAUUCCUGUGUGUUAUGUCCCAAGGACCACAUUGGAAAUAAAUGUGGUCACACUUUCUUUGGAUAGACCCAUACAGAUGGUUAUACGAAAUCUGUUGAUAAGCAACUGCUUGCUAAGGUUAGGGUUAGGUUUAGAAUAAGGGUUAGGGUAAGGGUUAAGGUUAGGGUUAGGGCUAGGCUUAGGGUUAGUGGAUAGCUAAACUGUUGUUGACAGUUAUUGAACAUCUGCUGAACAUCUACAAACCUAGGUGUUAACAAAAGUGUUUUUAACAUUUUCAAUGUGUCAUCUUCUGGGGUUCUUCUUAUUAUAAAAUGAUUUUGUACGCAGCACCCGAUGAUGCUGGAAGUAACCAAAACCCUUGUGUGCAUAUUUCUUGUCCUUGGUGUCCCUCUUGUCCAGCCCUACUGGAUCGGGGACAGCGUCAACACCCCUCAGGCGGGCUACUUUGGCCUGUUCCACUACUGUAUCGGGAACGCGCUCACCGGCGAGCUCAUCUGCAAAGGGAGUGCGCUGGACUUUGGCUCCAUCCCGUCCGGGGCCUUCAAGACAGCGAUGUUCUUCGUUGGUAUUUCCAUGCUGCUAGUGGUGGGAAGCAUUGUUUGCUUCAGCCUCUUCUUCUUCUGUAAUGCCGGCAGCGUCUACAAGAUCUGCGCCUGGAUGCAGCUGGCCUCCUGUGAGUAGAAGAAGAAGCUAUACACUAAAACAUUUCCUGUAAUUUAUACAGUAAAUCACUGGCAGCACAGUAGUCAGUAGGUUACUGUACAUUUACAAUAAACUAUUGGCAGCACAAAAGCCAGUAAAUUACUGUAGAUUUAUAGGACCUUUACUGAAACACAAAUUUACAGCAUAUUACUGGAACACCUGACUACAGCAACAUGCUGUAUUUCUAGAAUGUAUAGUGCAAUACUGGAAGCACAGUGGUUAGUAAACAGUUAGAUUUACAGUGCAGGCAUCUAGUGCCAAUGAUGGGCAGUAUUUCUGUUACAUGUAUUUGAUAUACACUACCAGUCAAAAGUUUGGACACCUACUCAUUCAAGUUUUUAUUUUUUUUGUACAAUUUUUUACAUUAUAGAACAAUAGUGAAGACAUCAAAACUAUGAAAUAACACAUAUGGAAUCAUGUAGUAACCAAAAAAGUGUUAAAUAAAUCAAAAUAUAUUUUAUAUUUGAGAUUCUUCAAAUAGCCACCCUUUGCCUUGAUGACAGCUUUGCACACUUGGCAUUCUCUCAACCAGCUUCAUGAGGUAGUCUCCUGGAAUGUAUUUCAAUUAACAGGUGUGCCUUCUUAAAAGUUAAUUUGUGGAAUUUAUUUCCUUCGUAAUGCGUUUGAGCCAAUCAGUUGUGUCGUGACAAGGUAGGGUUGGUAUACAGAAGAUAGCCCUAUUUGGUGAAAGACCAAGUCCAUAUUAUGGCAAGAACAGCAACGAUAAAUGACAGUCCAUCAUUACUUUAAGACAUAGAGGUCAGUCAGUACGGAACAUUUCAAGAACUUUGAAAGUUUCUUCAAGUGCAGUCGCAACGACCAUCAAGCGCUAUGAUGAAACUGUCUCUCAUGAGGACCGCCACAGGAAUGGCAGUCCUCUGGAAGAUCCAGAGUUACCUCUGCUGCAGAGGAUAAGUUCAUUAGAGUUAACUGCACCUCAGAUUGCAGCCCAAAUAAAUGCUUCACAGAGUUCAAGUCACAGACACAUCUCAACAUCAACUGUUCAGAGGGGACUGUGUGAGAAUCAGGCCUUCAUGGUCGAAUUGCUGCAAAGAAACCACUACUAAAGGACACCAAUAGUAAGAAGAGACUUGCUUGGGCCAAGAAACACGAAAAAAUUUAAUUAGACCGGUGGAAAUGUGUCCUUUGGUCUGGAGUCCAUUUUUGGACUCCAGACACGGUGUGGGUGAACGGAUGAUCUCCGCAUAUGUAGUUCCCACCGUAAAGCAUGGAGGAGGUGUUAUGGUGUUGGGGUGCUUUGCUGGUGACACUGUCUGUGAUUUAUUUAGAAUUCAAGGCACACUUAACCAGCAUGGCUACCACAGCAUUUUGCAGCGAUACGCCAUCCCAUCUGGUUUGGGCUUAGUGGGACUAUCAUUUGUUUUUCAACAGGACAAUGACCCAACACACCUCCAGGCUGUGUAAGGGCUAUUUUACCAACAAGCUGCAUCAGAUGACCUGGCCUUCACAAUCCCCCGACCUCAACCCAAUUGAGAUGGUUUGGGAUGAGUCGGACGGCAGAGUGAAGGAAAAGCAGCCAACAAGUGCUCAGCAUAUGUGGGAACUCCUUCAAGACUGUUGGAAAAAUAUUCCAGGUGAAGCUGGUUGAGAGAAUGCCAAGAUUGUGCAAAGCUGUCAUCAAGGCAAAGGGUGGCUAUUUGAAGAAUAUCAAAUAUAUUUAGAUUUGUUUAACACUUUUUUGGUUACUACAUGAUUCCAUAUGUGUUAUUUAAUAGUUUUGAUGUCUUCACUAUUAUUAUUACUAUUUUCUACAUUGUAGAAUAAAGAAAAACCCUUGAAUGAGUAGGAGUGUCCAAACUUUUGACUGGUACUGUAGGUAUUUCAAUAGUUUCAAUACCUAUUUUGUAUUUCACUAGCCUACAAUUCAGCAAGUUUGAGGGCGGAGAUCAUUAUAAUAAUACCCAGCAGUGUGCUUUGCAAGGCAAGCUGUUGCCAAAUGUAACUCAGGAAGCCGAGUCUGAAUUGAAAGGGAGAGAGUAUAUGCUCGGAAAAUAGAAAGUGAGUUUGUAUGUGCCAGGUUAGAAAGCGAGAGUGUGUAAUGUUUCAGGAUGGGUAAUGUAAUCCCAUCACAUGUAGCGUAGCGUGCCAAGCUGCAGUGAGAUGGCUGAGCUCAGGGGUGAAUUAUGGAUGAAGCUUAUCUAACUCAUCAGACUGGAGUUGCCAAGCAACUACUGCCGUAAGUUUCAUUACUGUGUGUGUGGGUCUCAGUCUUGUCCAUCUGUCUGUCUGUUCAUCUACCUACCUGAUUGUCAGUCUGUCCAUCUGUCUUGCUCCCACCCCCUCCCGAGUCACCUGUACUACAAUUCCCUGUAUAACCGGUCCAUCACUUUCUCUCUUUCCCGCCCCCUUCCCAGCCACUUGCAUGGUGAUAGGCUGUAUGAUCUACCCUGACGGCUGGGACAGUGAGGAGGUGAAGAGGAUGUGUGGACAGAGAACAGAUAAAUACACCCUGGGUAACUGCACGGUGCGCUGGGCCUACAUCCUGGCUAUCAUCAGCAUCAUGGACUCCCUCAUCCUCUCCUUCCUAGCUUUCUCCCUGGGGAACAGACAGGACCAACUACUGCCUGACAACUUUCAGGUGGACGGGAAAGAAAAAGACAAAGGUAAGGGGGGUGGGAUGGAGGUACAUGCAAAAGUUGAUAAUAUAUAUAUAUAUAUAUAAAAUUCCAUCUCUAGACUUCCUAUUAAAACAACUGGAAAUCAGAACAGUGGUGGAGAGAGAGAGAAAAGAGAGAGAAGUCUAUAGCCUAAUUUCUAGCACUGAUGUUGAUGUGUGUGAGCAGAAUGUUCCUCCAAAACAAGGUGUUCCUCCAAAGAAUGUUCCUCCAAAACAUUAUUCUCUGAUUGUUGUCCUUGUCCUCAUCCAAAUCAUUAGUGCUAGAAUCAGAUCAUCCAGAGAGUUUAUAUCAUAUCACAGAGGGCAUAAUGAGAAACUGGGGCCACUUCAAACGCACCAUUAUUCAAAAUACAUUUAGGCAAAGCAACCUCUCAAAACACUACCGACAGUUAGUGAAAGGAAUGAAUUGGGAGAGCAGAGAACUAGUGACACCACUUUGCAGGUCUUCAUCUAUAUUCUUCGUAGCUGUCUAUUUACCACCACAAACCGAUGCUGGCACUAAGACCGCUCUCAAAGUACUGUAUACGGCCAUAAGCAAACAGGAAAACGCUCAUCCAGAGGCGGCGCUCCUAGUGGCCGGGAACUUUAAUGCAGGGAAACUUAAAUCCGAUUUACCUCAUUUCUACCAGCAUGUUAAAUGUGCAACCAGAGGGGAAAAAAAACUAGACCACCUUUACUCCACACACAGAGACGCGUACAAAGCUCUCCCUCGCCCUCCAUUUGGCAAAUCUGACCAUAAUUAUGUCCUCCUGAUUCCUGCUUACAAGCAACAACUAAAGCAGGAAGCAGCAGUGACUCGGUCAAUAGAAAAGUGGUCAGAUGAAGCAGAUGCUAAGCUACAGGACUGUUUUGCUAGAACAGACUGGAAUACGUUCCGGGAUUCUUCCGAUGGCAUUGAGGAGUACACCACAUCAGUCACUGGCUUCAUCAAUAAGUGCAUCGAUGACGUUGUCCCCACAGUGACUGUACGUACAUACCCCAACCAGAAGCCAUGGAUUACAGGCAACAUCCGCACUGAGCUAAAGGGUAGAGCUGCUGCUUUCAAGGAGCGGGACUCUAACCCGGAAGCUUAUGAGAAAUCCCACUAUGCCCUCAGACGAACCAUCAAACAGGCAAAGCAUCAAUACAGGACUAAGAUCGAAUCGUACUACACCGGCUCCGACGCUCGUCGGAUGUGGCAGGACUUGCAGACUAUUACAGACUACAAAGGGAAGCACAGCCGCGAGCUGCCCAGUGACGCGAGCCUACCAGACGAGAUAAAUUACUUAUAUUCUCGCUUCAAGGCAAGUAACACUGAAACAUGCAUGAGAGCAUCAGCUGUUCCGGACGACUGUGUGAUCACGCUCUCCGUAGCCGAUGUGAUUAAGACCUUUAAACAGGUCAACAUUCAGACAGAUUACCAGGACGUGUACUCCGAGCAUGCGCUGACCAACUGGCAAGUGUCUUCACUGACAUUUUCAACCUCUCCCUGUCUGAAUCUGUAAUACCAACAUGUUUCAAGCAGACCACCAUAGUCCCUGUGCCCAAGUACACUAAGGUAACCUGCCUAAAUGACUACCGACCCGCCGACCUGUAGCACUCACAUCUGUAGCCAUGAAGUGCUUUGAAAGGCUGGUCAUGGCUCACAUCACACCAUUAUCCCAGAAUCCCUAGAUGCGAUUCAGUUUGAUACGAUUCGAUGCACUAACAUUUGCUGCAUAAACAUUCAUUUUCCGUUCUAAAUUAAAAUCUGCUGCUGAUGGAGCUCAUAAAUUGGGCCUCUGAGCUGGAUCUGUCUGAGCUGACUUCUGUGUGUGUGUGUAAAUUAUGUAUGUCUAUGGUGUAUACCAGGGGUACUCAAGUACUAUUUGAGAAGAUCCGGUCACACAAAUUUCCUAGGUGGCAAAAGGUCGCAACCCAUGCAAUCUCAAACUGUUCACACUCCUGUUGUUGGCGGAGAUAACAUAUUGAAGUUUUACAGAUAAAUUCCCACAAUUCUACACAUUUUGCAUGGGACAGAUUUGUUGUUGUUGUUUUAAAGAUAAUUUCCUGAUAUUCUACAAAAAAACUAAACAAUUGUUGGGACCCCAUUCUGGGUCCGAAUCCUGACCGCUGGCCCGCAGUUGAGUAUGGGGGGGGGGUGUAUAAUACAGUAACAACCAUCACAUAGAAGUAAACUUGGAGUCACGCAAUGACAUGUUGUAUGGUCCUCCACAUAUGACUCCUCGGGAGAGCAUGCAGUUUAUUAGGCUACAGAUGAAAUAAGUUAUGAACUUCACAGGGUGGUGAAAGUGCAAGGUGAUGAGCUUGAUGCUCCUUUCCAAUAAAUAUUGAGGGUCUUAUUCUGGUGACAUGACCAUCGAUGCUUGGCUGCUGUUUGACAAAUAAAAAUAAUCUUGCUAUUAAGUCCAUAAUAACAACAGCGCUGUUGGCUAGAGCGCACGUGUGAAUACCGGAGUGGGCACACUCCUAAAUAUUUUGAGAGAAAACCAUCAGUAGAGUUGAAAAUGCAAUGGAAACCCAUUUAACUUGUAUUUUCUUGUACACUGUCAUCACGCACAGCCUUUUAUCUACAACAAGUCAAUUUGAUGGAAACAUCUCUGGUGGGAAAAUGUGCAUAUUGUUUUUAUGCAGAUUUUAGAAUAUUCACAUGUAAAUCUGUAGCCUGUUGGAAACUUAGCUAUAGUUGAAAAUGUUUACAAGCAGUAGGCAUUUAGAAUUACAUGUGGGGUGGAGCUUUAUAGUUACAUGGUGACAUCACGUGCCCUGCUUAGCUUCAAAAUAAUUAGGCAAUCAUCAUUUAGUUGAAAAACACAGUUUCCAUCAUAAUUUUUCGCAAUAAAGAAAGUUUUCACUAAAGUAAAAUCCACCCGUUGUACUGAUACAAAUGUUGUUGAUCUUUAUAAAAUAUAUCCUAUAUCUGGCAUUUCAUUUAUAUACAUACAUACAUACAUACACACACACACACCAGAAACAAACUUAUACAAACAUACAAAUGAACAACAACUUACAGAAGCACACAAACAAUGACUAAGGAAGACCGGGGAUGGUUGUAACACUUGCAAUUUCUCCAAUCAGGAGCAAGGUAGAAUCAUGUGAUUCACUGUGCACAUGCUCAGGUUAGCCCUGAACCAUCAUGUGAAAAAGCAAGUCCCUGUGAUAAACUCUGCACAUUCUAUUCACAGAAAUCUGAUUUUGAGGUAAGAAACUAUUUUGCGAUGGCAUCAACUGCUUUGUAGUUCCAUUCACCAAACUUAUAUCAGGUUUAUAACCAGUCUGUGUAGGGAUAUCUGAUGCAAGUUAGAAAUGCUAAAGUUUUAACAUUUAGCUCAAAUGGAAGCUAGCUAAUAGCUGCAAGGGUCAGGGUUAGUUCUAACAACUUUUUUUACAACUAACCCAGAGUAAAACUGAAUGUUUUUGGUACACGUUUUCUUUUACUUUCAGCAUGCCGAGAUCAUGGAAAAGAAAGACAGGGGAGUACCUCUCCACACUUUGAAAAGAGCAUCAAAUGAUGUAGCAGAGUAGGGGAAGUAAAUCAGAUCAGUUGCAAAGUUGUAUGGCAUAUGUCAUGUGACGCUGUACAGAUUCUGCAAAGAGUGAAAGAAGCUACUGGAGAACGGGUCGAGAGCGCUUCCUCAUGUAGGCUACCGUAGUGGAAACAGGGUCUUCAUGGAUGAGCAGGAGCAGAAGUUGUCAGAGUAUCUCUUGAGGGCAGCUGAUUUAUAUUAUGGAUUGUCUCCCCGUGAGGUAAGCACUUGAUAGGAAUUAGUGAAGAGUAAGUCAGGGCAAAGUUAGCAGUUCAUGUUGGUGGCAAUUAAGGUCAAGGGAGGGAGUACUAAUGUAAAUUAAUAAUGUAAACUAUUAAUUGAGGGAAGUAUUGAAUAUAUUUUAUUCUAUUGUUACAGGUCAGGAAAUGUGUCUACCAACUCGCUGUACAAUAUGGUUGUAAGCAUCCUCAGUCAUGGGAUGAGACCUCUAUGGUGGGAGCAGAUUCUUGUCUUACCUAAAGCGACACCCUCCUCUCUCCAUUAGGAGUGCUGAAGCAACUAGUCUGUCGCGGGCCACAAGUUUCAACAGAACAAAUGUGGCAAAGUUUUUCAGCAAACUAGGAGAGGUGAUAAAUAAAUACAGCUUUAAUGGCAAUGACAUAUGGCAUGUUGACAAGACAGGAAUAACCACAGUACAAGCACCUGAUAGAAUGGUUGCGAAACGGGGCACCAAACAGGUUGGAACAAUCACCUCAGCAGAAAGGGAUACACUAGUGUCAAUGGCAUGUGCUAUAAAUGCAAUAGGAAACUGAAUCUUCCCACGUAAAAGACACCACGACCACUUUGUAUGGGAUGGACCAAUUGGAUGUGUUGGAAGUGGAAAUGGAUCCGGCUGGAUGCAGGAGGAUGACUUCCUCAUUUUCCUUGAACACUACCAAACAUACCAAGGUCAGCCUGGAAAGGAAGGUGGUCCUUCUCCUUGACAACCAAAGCUCACAUCUGUCUAUCAAGGCCAUUGAUUUCUGUAGGCGCUCUGGCAGUCUUGCUUUCUUUCCCCCCCACACUGUUCACACAAGCUCCAACCCCUGGACAGGAGUGUGUACGGGCCAUUGAAGAAAAUGGUGAACUCUGCCAGUGAUGCCUGGAUGAGGAUGAACCGUGGAAAGACCAGGACCAUAUAUGACAUUCCAGGCCUUGUCAAAACAGCACUUCCAGGUGCCACAACACCCACCAAUGUACAGGCUGGGUUCAGGUGCACUGGUAUUUGGCCAUACAACCCUGAUAUAAUUCAGGAAUGUGACUUUUCACCCUCACUUGUCACUGAUCAUCCUGCUUCAGCUGACACACUGUCCUUGCCAGCUGCCUCUCAGGUCACCUCUUCAGCCAUCUCUCAGACCACUGUGCCCACUGCUAUCCAGCCCACCUCUCCAGCUGCGUUCCAGGCCACCUCUCCAGCUGCCUUGCAAAAAUUAAUUUAAGGUUAGGGUUAAAAAUCUGAUUUUAUGACUGUGGCGGUACCAGCUACUAACCUGCGACUCUUAAUGGGAAAGUAAUCUAAAAGUAAAAAAGUAAUCAGAUUACGUUACUGAGUUUGGGUAAUCCAAAAGUUACGUUACUGAUUACAAUUUUGUAGUUAACUAGUAACUAACGAAUUACAUUUAGAAAGUAACUUACCCAACCCUGCUAAAUGCCGAUGCAUUUUCAAAGCGCAAGAUCGGUUACAGAAAUAAACUGUGUUUUACACCUGCAUUUGGAGUUGAAAGUCAUUAAUGUUAGCAGCCAGUAGAAACUAGGGAUAUACACUCACUGGCCAGUUUAUUAGGUAUACCACCCGGUUCACGAAAAUGGAUCGCUGCUACAGUGAGUCACAUGGCCGUGGAUUGCUAUAUAAAGCAGGCAGACGGGCAUCAAGGCAUUCAAUUACUGUUCGAUUGAAUGUUAGAAUGGGCAAAACGAGUGACCUAAGAGACUUUGAGCAUAGCAUGAUCAUUGGUGUCAGCGGCAGUCCUGUGUGUGAAAACAGCUCGUUGAUAGGAGAGGACGAAUGACAAUGGAAAUAAUCGUGCAAGCUAACAGGCGGGCCACAGACAAAUCACGGCGCAGUAAAACAGUGGUGUGCACAACAGCAUCUUGGAAUGCACACCUUGUUGAUCCUUGUCAUGGAUGCAGCAGACGGACCACACCGGGUUCCACUCCUAUCAGCUAAAAACAAGAAGAAGCAGCUCCAGUGGGCACGUGAUCACAAACAUUGGACAAUUGAGGAGUGGAAAUACAUUGCCUGGAACAUGACAGCAAGUUCAGUUUACGGAGUGGCCUGCGCAGUCCCCAGACCUCAACCCAAUAGAGUAUCUUUGGGAUGAGAUGGAACGGGCUGUUCGCAGCAUGAAUGUACCGCCGUCCAAUCUGCAGCAACUGCACAAUGCCAUCCCGUCUGCAUGGACUAACAUCCCUGUGGAACAUUUCCGAUACCUUGUAGAAUGUCCCGAAUAAUUCAGGCUGUUCUGGAGGCAAAGGGGAUCCAACCCGGUACUAGAUGGGUAUACCUAAUAAACUGUGCAUCACGUCACUUCUCUGGAGUCCAGAGCAAGCAAAAUCAUACGGCCCACUUGUAGCGGCGGUUGCCAGAGAGGAUGGAAAGCAUGUUCUGGCUGCACCGUGCCAUCACUUUGGAGGGCUGCCUGCCUGCAGAGUGGUCAUUGCCAGCCGGGUAGCCCUGUUCUUCCUCACAAAUAUCGUAAAAAAUUGGCCAGAAUGUUACAUCUUCAUCCCAUAAUAUUGAAGGCAGUGCGAUGUUACAGCUGCUUAAGACAUAGCUAGUAGCCAAUAUGAAAUAUGAAAAUGAUCAAUCAAAUCGCCAGGUAGCCUAUUAUGGUUCGGGUAAAGAUGAGUCGGUAGUAGAUUGCUAAACUGUAUUUAAUAUGGAUGAUAAACGUAGGCCUACUUUGUUUUUGCCAGGCAAAACUGGAGGAAAUGAAACAAGUUCUUUCUGGUCAAAAAUCUAGAUAUGCACGGCUGCCUUUGCACGCCAAUGACUGGUCAUUGGUUAACAAUCAAGACACCCAACUUUAUGGUUCUGAAGCAUAGAUGAGAAUUUAAUGACUUGUGGGCAGUGGGUUCAGAACUAUAAAACAUUUAUAAAAAUAUAUUUAUUGGGGGGAAAUUAUACCACCACCAAAAAGGGCACUUUGGAGAUUGGAAGGGCAAAGGGGCAUGUGCUCUGCACAGGUAUCUGUGCAUGUGCCUGGUACUGAGCAAUUAGUGCUUUUUGAGGUUCAGUUUCAGUUUGAUUAUUAAAAAAUAAUCACGGUUUUCGAAUUAUUUUCUUAAACAUUAAAGCUGCAAUAUGUAACUUUUUGGGCGACCCAACCAAAUUCACAAAGAAACGUAGUUAUAGAUCUGUCACUCUCAUUGAAAGCAAGUCUAAGAAGCGGUAGUUCAAAUUCAUCCCAAAGGUGUUAAGAUGGCAUUGAGGUCAGGGCUCUGAGCAGGGCAAUCAAGUUCUUCCACACCGAUCUCAACAACCCAUUUCUGUAUGGACCUCGCUUUGUGCACAGGGGCAUUGUCAUGCUGAAACAGGAAAGGGCCUUCCCCAAACUGUUGCCACAACGUUGGAAGCAAUUUUUACACGCUACACGCUUCAGCGGUCCCGUUCUGUGAGCUUGUGUGACCUACCACUUCGCAGCUGUUGUUGCCCCUAGACGUUUCCACUUCACAAUAACAGCACUUACAGUUGACCGGGGCAGCUCUAGCAUGGCAGACAUUUUAUGAACUGACUUGUUGGAAAGGUGGCAUCCUAUGAUGGUGCCACGUUGAAAGUCACUGAGCUCUUCAGUAAGGCCAUUCUACUGCCAAUGUUUGUCUAUGGAGAUUGCAUGGCUGUGUGCUCGAUUUUAUACACGUCAGAAAUAGUUGGCUGAAAUAGCCUAAUCCACUAAUUUGAAGGGGUGUCCACCUACUUUUGUAUAGUUAGUGUACAUUGCCUUUAAGCAACUGCUCUCUAUCCCGCUUGAUCCUGCAUUCUUCAGUCUCUUCUCUCCCUCUCCAUGUCUGCCCCCACACUAACCUAAUUGCUUCCUUGCCAAAAGGAGGUAAUAGAGGGGAGGACCGUCUUCCGUUUGCCUACUAACGAAUCAACACUCUCCUCGACCACUUAUCAGUUUCCAGGUCAUGGAGGAUGGAGGGCCGAGGACAGACUUUUUCCCAAAUGAGAAAAGGUCAUUGUCUUACAUCAGAUAGCGAAGUCUCCGUCUGCACCGUCUGUCAGUUGAUGGAUAAGUAGGAGUGGCGCCAUCUGCCGGAAAAGAACGCUCCCACAGUACAACAAGAGUCUUAUCUCUUUCUCUCUCUGUUUCAGAGGAAGCCUGA